AUGGCGCCCAAAACUGUUUUUGUCACCGGCGCAAACGGCUAUAUCGGCAAUGCUGUUGCCCGCGCAUUUGUGGCAGCCGGAUGGACGACUUACGGGCUCGUACGAUCGCUUUCUGCGGCAACAGCUCUCGCCCAGGAGGAAAUAAUCCCGGUAAUUGGUGCUAUUGACGAUCUUUCUGCUCACGCCAACAUCCAGAGCCAUCUUCCAUCAACUCUUGAUGCGAUUGUCUCAACUACGGAGUACGUUUUGGACUAUGUCCCGCACUUCAACAAUACGAUCCAGCUCCUGCGUACUCUAGGAGAAGCCAGCUCGUCAGCCGGGUGUAGGCCUCGAGUAAUAUUCACCAGCGGAUGCAAGGAUUAUGGUAUCGGUCCUCACUACCAUGGAGCUCCCGAUCUUGCGCCGCACACGGAAGAGUCUCCAAUCAACACCAUUCCGUUACUCGCCAACCGUGCCAAAUAUGCCAAGACAAUUUUUGACCACGCCGAUGUCUUUUCUCCCGUCUUGGUCAGACCCACCAAUGUAUAUGGUCGCAGCUCCAGUUUCUACAAAGCCUUCUUCGACGUCGCCGCCAAAACCGCCGCAGAAGGAAAGCCGCUAUUGCUACCUACGUCCCCAAAUACCAUCAUCCACGCACUUCAUGUUGACGACUGUGGCGAAGCCUACGUCGCCAUCGCAUCCCAUUCUGACAAAGAAGAAAUUGAAGGACAAGUUUUCAACAUCUCUGCUCAGAGAUAUGAGACCGUUGAUGAAGUGGCGCAUGCGCUUGUAAAGGAGUAUGGAAUCAAGGGCGGGUUGAAAUAUGUCGAUGCGGCAGAGUUGAAAGACGGCGAGAAUCCUUGGCCUGCGGGAAUUGUUGAUUUUCCGCAGUGGACGGAUUCUACAAAACUUACUCGUGUGACAGGGUGGAAACACCAUCGCCCUUUGUUCUCCGAGGCUCUGCAUGUGUAUCGCAUUGCGUGUGAUGCUGCCAAGGCCGCCGGGCAUGAGAACAUUAAGAGAAUUGAUGGGUAUUUGCAGGCGUGGACGAAAUCUGAAGCGAAUUCUUCUUCUCGAAAGCAAGAAGUGUAG